CUUGCUUAAUAAAUCAUUCUAUAAAUAAGUAAACAAAAAUAAGCGUCUGUCUCUUUAGAAAAAAAUAAUAGUUUAUUUUUAGUUUAAGUUAGGUUAUUUAAUAUUCGUUUUAAUAUGUAUUAUAUGUCCUGAAUCCGUUUGUUAUAAUGGCAUAAUUCUAGUUACAGGUAAAGGUACUAGAAAUAUGCGUAUAAAAUCCAGUGUACUUUCUGAAAAAUGUGGAGGAAUUUGGUCAGAAUUAACAGAACGGUUGAAUAAAAUAAAGAAUUUGACGUAUAAAGACAUUGUAGGAUAUUUUUAUGAGCCCAGGGAUGCCUCAAGCUUAGGAAUAAUAAGAUUUUUUUUAGGUUUGUUGAUGUCUAUCGAUGUUUUUGAGGAGAGAGGAGGGUCUGAAAUUGAUUUACGAUGGGGAAACCCGCAGGACUGUCAUUUCCCGUUAUUCCCUAGUUUAGAACCACUAUCCUAUCCGCUAAUGUGUUGGUUGUAUGGAGUGAUGUGGUUAGGAGCUGUAUGUAUUAUGUUGGGCUUUAAAUUUCGAAUAGGUGUAUUCAUGUUUGGUAUUCCCUAUUGGUAUAUUCAUCUAAUGGAUAAGACUUACUGGAAUAAUCAUAGUUAUUUGUAUGGGAUAGUAACAAUCCUUCUUAUGGGUUCUUCAGCUAACCAUUCUUUCUCUAUAGAUAGUGUGAUUGACAAGAGUAUUAGAAAUCAGCCAGUACCGUACUGGAAUUAUUUUAUAUUAAAGUAUCAGUUUUUUAUGCUAUACUUUUUAGCAGGAUUGAAGAAAAGUGGAGCAGAAUGGCUAGAAGGAUAUUCCUUGAUUCGAUUAGGGGAACAUUGGGUAUUUUUUCCAUUUAGAAUCAUUUUUUCCGUAGAGCAAAUUGACUAUCUCGUCAUACACUGGUUUGGUUUUCUAUUGGAUUUGACUGUUGGUUUUUGGAUGCUGCUAGAGUUUAGCAGACCUAUAGCACUAUUCUUCUGCUCUAUGUUUCAUCUUAUGAAUUCCAGACUGUUCAGUAUAGGAAUGUUCCCUUAUGUAUGUUUGGCAACGUUGCCUUUAUUUUGUAAAGAAAACUGGCCUCGAACCUUUUGGUCUUCUAUAGUCGAUAGGUUUCAAUCAAACGUUGCCAAUGAAAGUUUUAAAAAGAAACGUGAGAAGACCGAGCGAAAGAAAAUAUAUAGUCACCCAAUUAAAUUAAAGGAAAAUUUAGUUGUUGCUUGUCUUUUUUUCCACAUGGGAUUACAAGUGUUUCUUCCUUAUUCCCAUUUCAUAACUAAAGGAUACAAUACUUGGACUGAGGGUUUGUACGGAUAUUCCUGGGACAUGAUGGUGCAUUCCUGGAAUUCCGUUCUUGUGGUUGUUAAAGUUGUUGAUAAUGAAUCGGGACAAGAACAUUUUCUAGAUCCUAACGCCUGGAGUUUAAAAAAUCGAUGGAAUUACUAUGCAGAUAUGUCCUUGCAGUAUGCUCAAUGUAUAAAGAAGAACUUAAAUGAAGGCAUUAAAGAGAAUAAUGAAGAAAUUGUUAUUCCUGACAUCUCGAAAAAUAUAUCGAUUUAUAUAGAUGUCUGGUGUUCCCUAAAUGGUCGUUUUCAACAGAGAAUGUAUGACCCUAAUUAUGAUUUGUUGCGGGCAAAGUGGUCACCAUUUGAACCGGUUGAGUGGUUAAUGCCUCUUAUGAUUGAAUAUAACAAUUUUAGGGAACAAAUUCCUGAAAUUAUUGAACAUGUGCAUUCAUGGAAUAAUGAAAGUAAUGUGAUUUUUGUUGCUGAUUUUCCAGGUAUGUAUCUGGAAAAUUUCAUUGAGGAGGAUUUUCAUAAUGUAUCUUUGACGGUAUUGAGAGGUGAAGUAGUAUACGAAAUGGAGGACUAUGUAGCUAAACAGUCACUUGGUAUGAAAUUAUCAGCUGGAGAAUCUGUGUCAGUUCUAGAAGGAUAUACUCACAAAAUACACACAGUGAGUGCUGAUCCUUCAUGCUAUAUGUAUACAUUUUCUCAAAGACCUAUCGAAAAUGACGACGGUGAUGAUAAAGACAUGAAAACGUACUCUCCUUUUCCCUUGAUUGAAGAUAUUUCAGCCCGAAAUGCUGCUUUUUUACGGAUGAUUGAUUUAAUAUGGAAUGCUACCACCCAUAUAUUGUUUGAUUAUCCGCUUACAAAGAACGGAAUAGUAAAACCUGAUAUUUAAUGGUUAAAUAAGAGGAGAAGUGAUUCUAUUUAUGUAUUGUGUUGAUGGUGAUACUAGAAAUAAAUCAAAUUUUGUUGGGUUUGACAUUUUAUUAAAAACAUUAUAUAUACAUAAAAAUAAAC